CGCCAUCGCCAUCACUUCCCAAGCGCCCUCGUCUGCCCCGUCCGUCUUCUCUGGCCGUUUCUCUGUUCUCUCUUUAGUUGUUUCAGUUUUCGGUGUCCGUGCUGUUGUUCGUCGCCCGUUUCUGUCUAUACACAACGUUCAUUAAUUGUCAGUCACCACUUUCACUCGUUUAGUCGUUCCCGUUCGCUACUUUCCGUUUUAUUAUAUAAUAAUAUAUUAUUCGUUCACGCGUUCGUCCUACAGGUUGACUGUGAACAGAAAUCGUAUACAAUGGCAAUCAAAGGAUUAACGCUGUUGGUGGUGGCUCUUGCGUUCUGCAACUCUGCAGUUAAGGGAUCGAAUGAUUGUACUUUGCCUUGGUUAGUGGAUAACAAUCCAUUUAUCUCUAAGGUUGAAUCUUUUUCUGUCAAUAGAUGUCCUACUCCUAUUAUUGGAGAUCCAGCUAAAGAAUAUUGCUGUUAUACUACUGACGGAAAGGUUGAAUGUUGCAAUUUCCAAGAGUUUAUGCUCUUUGGAUUGAUUUGUCUUAUUCCAAUUCUUAUUGUUUUGCUGAUUCUUUCAUCAAUUCUCAGUUGCAUAUGUUGUUUAUUGUGCCCAUGUUGCGCUAUUUACAAACGUAGGCAAGCUGGCAGGGUACUUGUUCAACCGCUUUCAACCAAUUGUGUCAUUAUAGAUGGUAUACCAACUAUAAUAUCCAGUCAAGGAUCCUAUUAUGCUUCAGCUUCAACAGGAGGUUCUACACCUUUAAUACCUAACGAGUACCCUAAACAAUACUAUAAUUAGUUAAACUAUUUAACUAAUAAAAUUAAUUUAUCUAUAUUAUGUAUGAUUUUAUAGUAUGUUAAGUAUCUGAUAAAUUUACUAAAAAUAUUUUAAGUAAUUUAGAUGUUAAUGGAUUUAAAAAUAAAAAAUAUAUGUUGACAUUAAAUAAGAAUACAGUUAUUGAUUGUAAAGCUUCAAAUGCAUUUUGAAUCUAAUAUUAUGUAAAGUAUUAUUUAUUAUUACACAUAUAAUAUUAUAUUUAAAUUUAUAUUUUUGCCAAUAUGAAUAACUAUGUAUCUAAAUUUAGUUUUUUAUUAAGAUAUUUUUUUACACAAUCAAAUUAAUUGUAUUCAUUUAAAAUAAGUUUACAAAUUGCUGACAGUGAUGUAUAUUCCUUUUUAUAUAUUUAAAUUAUUUAUAUUAAAUAUAU